GGGAACUUCAGGGUGACACGACUCUUUCGCAGUCCGGACUCCGCACAAUGCCCACAACAUCCCUCUGCUUCAUUCUGGAGAAAUUGAACUCAAAACGGAACUGGGUCAUUCCAAUCAAUCUCAGGGAUUACCUGUCAUUGUAGAAUUGAAGAUUUACGUAUCCUUUCACUCUGCACUACGCACUCGCAUUUCGCCGUCACGGAUGACCUCUGGUUUCUCAGUUCAAGGUUAUUGAUAUUUGGAUCAUUUCUGGGGAAGAUUUGUGAACUGGAUUUUGAAUUCCCACAACUGUGAGCAGAGAAUAUGGGGAGUGUGAAUGAACAGAAACUCAGGUUUUGCAUCGACAGAGGGGGCACAUUCACGGAUGUUUAUGCCGAAAUCCCCGGUCAGCAUGAAGGCCGAGUAAUGAAACUUUUGUCUGUUGACCCUUCUAACUACGAUGAUGCUCCGGUUGAGGGGAUUCGGAGGAUUCUCGAAGAAUUUACAGGGGAAAAAAUUCCCCGGACUUCGAAAAUCCCCACAGAUAAGAUAGAGUGGAUAAGGAUGGGUACUACAGUGGCAACAAAUGCACUUCUGGAGCGGAAAGGGGAGAGAAUUGCUGUGUGUGUAACUAGAGGCUUCAGGGAUCUGCUGCAGAUUGGUAACCAGGCUCGCCCAAACAUCUUUGACCUCACUGUUUCAAAACCUUCCAAUCUUUAUGAGGAAGUAAUAGAGGUUGAUGAGAGAGUUGAGCUUGUUCUUGGCAAUGAGGAAACGGAUCCAGAUUUUUCUGCAUCUGUAUUCAAGGGCAUUUCCGGCGAGCUUGUCCGGGUUGUGAAGCCACUGGAUGAGAAAACUUUAGAACUUUCAUUGAAAGGUCUGUUGGAGAGGGGAAUUCGCUGUUUAGCUGUUGUGUUAAUGCAUUCUUAUACAUACCCCCAGCAUGAAAUGUGUUUGGAAAAGUUAGCUGUGAGGUUGGGCUUUAGACAUGUUUCCUUGUCUUCAGCUUUGACGCCUAUGGUUCGAGCAGUUCCAAGGGGUCUAACAGCAAGUGUGGAUGCAUAUUUAACCCCGGUAAUUAAAGAAUAUCUGUCAGGGUUUAUAUCCAAAUUUGAUGAAGGGCUGGGGAAGGUGAAUGUUUUGUUUAUGCAAUCGGAUGGAGGGCUCGCACCAGAAAGUAGAUUUUCUGGGCAUAAAGCGGUUCUGUCAGGUCCUGCAGGUGGUGUUGUUGGUUACUCGCAGACUCUUUUUGGGCUUGAAACAGAAAAGCCUCUAAUUGGGUUUGACAUGGGUGGUACAUCUACAGACGUGAGCCGCUAUGCAGGUACUUUUGAGCAAGUUUUAGAAACUCAGAUUGCUGGAGCCAUAAUUCAAGCACCUCAGCUUGACAUAAACACUGUCGCUGCUGGAGGUGGAUCAAAGUUGAAGUUCCAGUUUGGGGCUUUCCGGGUGGGUCCAGAAUCUGUGGGUGCUCACCCAGGUCCAGUGUGUUAUCGGAAAGGAGGGAAAUUAGCUGUUACAGAUGCAAAUCUUAUUUUGGGGUUUGUUAUUCCUGAUUUUUUUCCUUCAAUCUUUGGCCCUAAUGAGGAUCAGCCUUUAGAUAUCACAGCAACAAGGGAUGAAUUCAAGAAGCUUGCAGUGCAAAUAAAUUCAUACAGGAAGAGCCAGGAUUCAUCAGCGAAGGACAUGACAGUAGAGGAGAUUGCACUGGGAUUUGUGGAUGUUGCCAAUGAGACAAUGUGCCGUCCAAUUCGGCAGUUAACGGAGAUGAAAGGACAUGAGACUAGGAACCAUACUCUUGCUUGCUUUGGAGGUGCUGGGCCGCAGCAUGCCUGUGCUAUUGCCAGGUCCUUGGGAAUGAAAGAGGUAUUAAUUCAUAGGUUCUGUGGGAUUUUAAGUGCAUAUGGAAUGGGACUGGCAGAUGUAAUAGAAGAGGGACAGGAGCCAUAUUCUGCUGUUUAUGCACCUGAAUCGCUCCUCGAGGCCUCUCGUAGAGAAGCUACUUUAUUGAAGCUGGUCAAGCAGAAGCUGCAAGAUCAAGGGUUCAAGGAGGAAAACAUUACAACUGAAACAUAUUUAAAUUUGAGGUAUGAGGGUACAGAUACUGCCAUCAUGGUAAAGAGAAAAAUAAAUGAAGAUGGAUUGGAAUUUGAUUUUGCAGAAGAAUUUGUGAGGCUUUUCCAGCAAGAGUAUGGAUUCAAACUACAGAAGAGGAACAUCCUGAUAUGUGAUGUUAGAAUUCGUGGUAUAGGAGUUACUAAUAUUUUGAAACCACGAGCUCUUGUACCUGCUUCAGGUACCCCUAAGUUUGAAGGGCAUUACAAGGUUUACUUUCAGAAUGGCUGGCACAGCACACCUUUAUUCAAGCUUGAGAAUCUUGGGUAUGGUCAUACAAUGCCUGGCCCAGCAGUUAUCAUGAAUGGUAAUAGUACUGUGAUAGUAGAACCCAAGUGCAAAGCUAUUAUAACCAAAUAUGGAAAUAUUAAAAUUGAAAUUGAAUCAAAUCUAAGCACCGUGAAAGUAGCAGAAAAUGUUGCAGAUGUUGUUAAGCUCUCAAUAUUCAAUCACAGAUUUAUGGGUAUUGCUGAGCAGAUGGGACGGACGCUACAAAGGACAUCCAUAUCAACAAAUAUCAAGGAACGGCUGGAUUUCUCUUGUGCUCUUUUUGGUCCUGAUGGAGGACUAGUUGCCAAUGCGCCUCAUGUGCCUGUCCACCUUGGUGCUAUGUCCAGUACAGUUAGAUGGCAACUCAAGUACUGGGGCAAAAAUUUGAAUGAAGGAGAUGUUUUAAUCUCCAAUCAUCCAUGUGCUGGAGGUAGCCAUCUCCCUGAUAUAACCGUCAUUACGCCUGUUUUUGAUAAUGGAAAACUGGUAUUUUUUGUGGCUAGCAGAGGGCAUCAUGCAGAGAUUGGGGGUAUUACUCCAGGAAGUAUGCCUCCUUUCUCUAAGUACUUAUGGGAGGAAGGAGCUGCCAUUAAAGCGUUCAAGCUUGUGGAAAAGGGGGUUUUUCAAGAAGAAGGAAUUAUCAAACUUCUCAAGUUCCCUUGUUCUGAUGAAUCAACUCAUAACAUCCCAGGAACCCGCAGGCUUCAAGACAAUUUAUCAGACCUUCAUGCACAAGUAGCUGCCAACCAGAGAGGAAUUUCCCUUAUCAAAGAGCUUAUUGAACAGUAUGGUUUGGACACAGUUCAGGCUUAUAUGACCUAUGUGCAGAAGAAUGCAGAAGAGGCAGUCAGAGAGAUGCUCAGAUCAGUUGCUUCUAGUGUUUCAUCUCAGGUGGCUAAGUGUGGAGAGGGUGAUUUCGUAACCAUUGAAGAAGAAGAUUACAUGGAUGAUGGGUCUACCAUUCAUCUGAAUCUUACAAUCAAUUGUGAGAAGGGGGAAGCAGUCUUUGAUUUUUCUGGGACCAGCCCUGAAGUUUAUGGGAAUUGGAAUGCUCCGGAAGCAGUGACAGCUGCAGCAGUCAUAUACUGCCUACGCUGUUUGGUUGAUGUUGAUAUUCCUCUCAAUCAAGGUUGUUUGGCCCCUGUUAAAAUCCAUAUUCCAUCAGGUUCAUUCCUUUCUCCUAGUGAUGAGGCUGCUGUAGUAGGGGGUAACGUUCUGACAUCUCAGAGAAUAACGGAUGUUGUGCUCACCGCAUUUCAGGCAUGUGCUUGUUCUCAGGGAUGUAUGAAUAAUCUCACUUUUGGGGAUGAUACUUUUGGCUAUUAUGAAACAAUUGGAGGUGGAUGUGGUGCUGGUCCCAACUGGGACGGGACCAGUGGAGUCCAGUGCCAUAUGACAAAUACCCGUAUGACCGAUCCCGAGAUUUUUGAGCAGAGGUAUCCAGUUAUUUUGCACAAAUUUGGGCUCAGAGAGAACAGUGGUGGAGGUGGACUUCAUAGAGGGGGAGAUGGACUUGUGCGAGAGAUAGAGUUCAGACACCCAGUGGUGGUGAGUAUUCUUUCGGAGAGGCGCGUUCAUGCACCGAGAGGAUUAAAAGGAGGAAAAGAUGGUGCUCAUGGGGUUAAUUACCUUAUCACAAAAAAUAAACGGAGGGUAUAUCUUGGAGGGAAAAACACAAUUGAGGUGCAGGCAGGGGAAGUUCUUCAGAUUUUAACUCCUGGUGGUGGUGGAUGGGGCUCUCCUCUUUGAUUCAUUUCUAUUGAAAAACUUUUCGUCAGGAGUUUUGUCUUCACCUUGGUAUUCUAUUACUCUGUUUAAAGAUGGUUUGAAUUUUUAGGUUUGAAUUUUUCACUGCUUCGAGCAAAACAAAAAUAAUGUAUCAAACAAUUGGUUCCAUGUGAAUGAAUUAAGUAUAAAAUUUUUCCUGUUUAAA